AUGUUCAUAAGCCGCUGACUAUUCUCAACUAAUCACAAAGAUAUUGGAACCUUAUAUUUAUUAUUUGGUGCGUGAGCUGGAGCAGUAGGAACUGCCCUGAGCCUCCUAAUUCGUGCAGAGCUAGGUCAACCAGGGAGUCUCAUAGAAGACGAUCACAUUUUCAACGUUAUUGUCACCGCCCAUGCAUUCAUUAUAAUUUUCUUUAUAGUAAUACCCAUCAUAAUUGGAGGUUUUGGAAACUGACUCAUCCCGCUAAUAAUUGGUGCUCCCGACAUAGCAUUUCCUCGAAUAAAUAACAUAAGUUUCUGACUCCUACCCCCAUCACUCCUUCUCUUACUCGCAUCCUCAACUCUAGAAGCUGGCGCAGGGACUGGGUGAACUGUCUAUCCCCCUCUAGCAGGGAAUAUAUCACACCCAGGGCCCUCCGUGGACCUCACUAUCUUUUCACUCCACCUAGCCGGUAUUUCCUCUAUUCUAGGGGCAAUUAAUUUUAUUACAACAAUUAUUAAUAUAAAACCACCAGCGAUGAGUCAAUAUCAGACACCCCUAUUUGUCUGAUCUGUAUUCAUUACAGCAGUCCUCCUACUCCUCUCACUCCCAGUCCUAGCUGCCGGAAUCACAAUACUCCUAACUGAUCGCAAUCUUAACACCUCCUUCUUCGACCCAGCUGGGGGAGGCGACCCUAUUCUUUACCAACAUUUAUUCUGAUUUUUUGGACAUCCUGAAGUAUACAUCCUCAUCCUUCCUGGCUUUGGCAUGAUCUCUCACAUUGUUACAUACUACUCCAACAAAAAAGAACCAUUCGGAUAUAUGGGGAUAGUAUGAGCUAUAAUAUCCAUCGGCUUUUUAGGCUUUAUCGUAUGGGCUCACCACAUAUUCACAGUAGGAAUAGAUGUGGACACCCGGGCAUAUUUCACAUCAGCCACUAUAAUCAUCGCCAUUCCCACCGGAGUAAAAGUAUUCAGCUGACUAGCUACACUGCACGGAGGAAAUAUCAAAUGAUCCGCCGCUAUACUAUGAGCUCUCGGGUUUAUCUUUCUCUUUACCGUAGGCGGGCUAACAGGAAUUGUAUUAGCUAACUCAUCAUUAGAUAUCGUCUUACAUGAUACGUACUAUGUGGUAGCUCACUUCCACUACGUCCUAUCAAUGGGAGCAGUCUUUGCUAUUAUGGGAGGCUUUAUUCACUGGUUCCCAUUAUUCUCGGGCUACACACUUGACCAAACCUAUGCUAAAAUUCAUUUUACCAUUAUAUUCGUAGGCGUUAAUAUAACUUUCUUCCCACAACACUUUCUCGGUCUAUCAGGAAUACCCCGACGAUACUCAGACUAUCCUGAUGCAUACACUACAUGAAACAUUAUCUCAUCUGUGGGCUCAUUCAUUUCAUUAGUAGCAGUAAUUCUAAUAAUUUUUAUAAUUUGAGAAGCCUUCUCCUCAAAGCGAAAAGUUCUAGUUAUUGAACAAACAUCUACCAACCUAGAAUGACUCUACGGCUGCCCUCCCCCCUACCACACAUUUGAGGAGUCUACCUAUGUAAAACUUUAG